AUGACUGCGGACCCUCCUUCUUCUGCCUUUACCGGCGUCAUCGUCGGCCUCGUCUCCUCGUUUGGGUCCAUCAUCUUCAUCGCCGUGGUUGUCUUUAUCUUUUGGGCGUCGGGAUGCGCGGGAUGCGCGGGAUCCGGUCGGAUCAUCCUCGACCGGCUCGGGCGACCCGGCGAGUAUGACGACGACGAGGCCUUUGCGAGGGAGGAGGCCGAGGCGCUGGACACCAUGGAUGAUAUGGCGCGGGCGGAAUAUCUCAGAGCAAAAGCUUUUGUAACGGCCAACCCCCCGGAGUCGCUGCCUACAGACAUCUCCCUCUCGCAGUACCUCGCGAUUCAGGAAAAAGGCAUUUCGGCCUGGGAGUUUGAGCCCGAGCUGGAAGUUGCCAAUUGCUUUGUCGAGGCCCGCACCGAGAUUGAAUUCUUUGACUCUGAAUGCACCGUCAUGAGCAAUCUGCCUGUGCCGAAGCAGAAUGACGUCUACUACUGGGAAGCCAAGAUUUACGACAAGCCCGACAGCACACUCUUGAGCAUAGGGAUGGCUACCAAGCCGUAUCCCUUGUUUCGACUGCCUGGCUACCACAAAUACUCGGUCGCCUACUUCUCAGACGGUUCCCGCCACUACAACCAGCCAUUCAGCUCUACGCCGUACGGCCCGAAACUGGUCCAAGGCGACGUCGUCGGCGUCGGAUACAGACCAAGGACCGGCGCCAUCUUCUUCACCCGCAACGGCAAGCGGUUCGACGAGGUAGUCCACGGGCUCAAGUCGCAAAACUUCUUCCCCGCCGUCGGCGCCAGAGGUCCCGCCAUUGUCCACGUCAACCUGGGGCAGUCGGGCUUUGUCUUCAUCGAGGCAAACGUCAAGAAAUGGGGUCUCGCCCCCGUCACGGGGAGUCUGGCGCCGCCGCCGCCAUACGGCUCCGAGCAGGGCAGCAUCCUGCUGGAGAUUGGGACAAAGGACGGCAUGACGUCGAGGCAGGGCCGACCUCACGGGCAGUCGGUCAGCGGCUCGCCCUACACCGUCGGGCCGCGCAGCAGCUUCGGCCUCGGCCUGCACGGGCGGACGAGAAGCGGCAACUUUCGGGUGCUGCCGCCGACGAGCCCCGGGCCUGUCCGCAGCCCUACCGACAUUUCUCUGGCCCAGCUGGUGCCCAACGACGACGAGGGCGAGGCCAGCGGCAGCAACCGAGACGCCAGCCAGCAUGAACAACACCAACACCUUGGUCAACAGCAGCAGCAGCAGCAGCAGCAGCAACUGCACCAAGAGCAUCAUGGCGACGACGAAAACCCGCUGCAUCUGCACCUGGAGGACGCGACCAACCCUCCGCCGGGCUAUGCCAGCCCCACCCCGUCCGAUUCCGAGGACCGGCGACGAUGCAGCAUGGACGGCGAGGACACGCCUCUCAUGCGGGCCAGCGGCACGCGCAGCCGGGGCAACUCGUCUGCCACGGUGACGCCGCAGACGCCGCCGCAUCCUCCGGUCCCCAGCUACAGCGACGCGGUCCGAGCCGGUGCCGGUGCCGGUGCCGGGCAGCAUGGGCGCGGGCGCGGGCACGGGCACGGGCACGCACACGGGCAGCGGCGAGGCAGCGUGGGCUCGGCAUCCUCGGCCAACUCCUAA